AGGAGGAGCAACCAGCUUCCAGGAACAGAGGACAAAGUGUAGAGGCUUCUUCAUUUGAGAGAAUUUGCUGUGAAACGAGGUAGCCACACAAUGAGCAGUGACGACAUCCAAAUGGAAGAGGCGCAGGUUUCCACACCUUGUAAAUCCAGUGAUAAUGGAAUCGACAAUUUAGGCUUUGACAUACAGGAAGAGAUGGUUGCUACUGGUACUGAAAAAAAGGCUCCUAAUAAAAUCACCUCAUUUGUAAGUAAUAUUGCACAGCCAUUCUCAGAAGCUAAAGGUUUCUGCCAAGAACAUUCUCGAACCAUAAAACAUGUUUUUCUUGCAGUGCUUUUGGCAGGUUAUUUGUCCUACUUCAUCACUGCUUGUGUGCUCAACUUUAAUCGAGCCCUCGCCCUUGUUGUACUGACAUGCAUUGCUGUGUUCUUUGUUGCUUAUGAUCUUGUCAAGAAACAUCUGGGAGCUAAAAUAAUAAAUCUUUUCCAACCUGUCAGUCGCUGUUUCAAAACUUACUUUCAGUGGAUCAAAUGGGUGUUUAUAAUAAUUGUGUUGGGUCUGCUGGUGACUUGGCUCAUCCUGGAUACUUCAAAAAGACCAGAGCAGCUCAUUUCCUUUGGUGGGACUUGCAUGUUUGUAAUUAUUUUGUUCAUCUGCUCCAAGCACCACAGAAAGGUGUCUUGGAGAGCGGUGUUUUGGGGAAUGGGACUGCAGUUUGUACUUGGCAUUUUCAUCAUUCGAACAGACCCUGGUUUUGAGGCUUUCAACUGGCUCGGAGUACAAAUUCAGAUAUUUCUUGAUUACACGAAGGCAGGGUCUGGCUUUGUCUUUGGACAGAAACUGAUUACAGAGGCAUUUGCUUUCCAGGCCUUGCCAAUAGUGGUUUUCUUCAGCUGUGUUAUGUCUGUCCUUUAUUAUCUUGGUCUGAUGCAAUGGUUGAUCAUCAAGAUUGCCUGGCUAAUGCAGAUCUCAAUGGGAACAUCAGCCACAGAAUCUUUAAGUGUAGCAGGAAACAUAUUUGUGGGACAGACGGAGGCCCCUUUGUUGAUCCGUCCUUAUCUGCCAGACAUGACCAAAUCGGAGAUGCAUGCAGUGAUGACUGGGGGUUUUGCAACAAUAGCUGGAAGUGUUCUGGGAGCAUAUAUUUCAUUUGGCAUUGAUGCCUCUGCUCUUAUAGCUGCAUCAGUGAUGGCUGCUCCCUGUGCUCUUGCUCUAUCCAAAUUGUCGUACCCAGAAACAGAGGAAAGCAAGUUCCGAUGUGAUGGUGCAAUUCAUAUUGAUGCUGGAAAUGAGCAAAACCUCUUGGAAGCAGCCAGUAACGGGGCUUCAUCUUCCAUUGGCCUUGUUGCAAACAUUGCUGCCAAUCUGAUUGCGUUCCUGGCCGUGUUGGAAUUUAUCAAUGCUGCUCUCAGCUGGAUUGGAGGGAUGGUGGACUACCCUGAGCUUACUUUCCAGCUAAUUUGCUCCUACAUCUUCAUGCCUAUUGCAUUUAUGAUGGGGGUAUCCUGGAAUGACUCCUUUUUAGUGGCAGAACUGAUUGGAACCAAACUAUUCCUGAAUGAGUUUGUCGCCUAUGAAAAACUUUCAGUGUUCAAGAACAACAGACUAGCUGGGAUGGAAGAGUACAUCAAUGGAGAAAAACAAUGGAUUUCUGUUAGAGCAGAGACAAUUUCUACAUUUGCCCUCUGUGGAUUUGCUAACUUCAGCUCCAUUGGAAUCAUGCUUGGAGGACUGUCUUCUAUAGCACCAUCACGAAGAAGUGACAUUGCCCAAACUGUCAUCCGGGCUCUCUUCACUGGCACAUGUGUCUCCCUGAUCAAUGCUUGUGUGGCAGGCAUACUGUAUGUUCCCAGAGGGAUGCCGGACUGUGUUCCGUUCCUAGGCGAGAGCACUUUUACCAACAAGACUUACGAUCUUCGCAUGUGCUGCCAGGAUCUUUUUCAAAAUACCGUUUCUGGAAAUGGAUCAUUUAUUUUCCACAAUCAGUGGUCUGGAGUGGAACAUGCCAACCGGUCAUUUAUUAACUGUUGUAUGCUUUUCAACAGUACUAAUUGUUGGUAAUCUGCUGAUAUGUACUGGCAUGGAUAAAUAGUAUGCUCAUGAAUUCACAUUGGUUAUAAUAUUUUUACAAAGUGAUUUUAUUGUAAUAUUUAAUUUUUGAAAAAACUACAACAGCUCUGUACUUGUCUACCUUUUUAUUAUUUAUUUAGUAUUUAUUUCAAGUCAAAUGGCCCAGUUGUGCAGUAGUCAACUAAUGCACAAAUCUGCACAGAAGUAAGGACAAUUAUCAACUUCAUAUCAAAAACAUCUCAAAAACUUAUAAUUAUCAUUUCAGCCUUUUAGCACUGUGAUCUCUAUGUAAAUAAUUCACGCAUGAUUUAUGUUAUUUUUUCUGAUCACUGCCAUAAAUGUA